AGAAUCUAGUCACCACUAGAAGAAGGGGGAGGCUGCCCUUUUAGUCUUUCCAGGCCAUCGAUUUCGCCAUUGAAAUUUCUUCAUAGAAAGAUCCACUUCCACCUCCCCUCCAUCCAUCCCUCUUAUGUUGUCGCUAGCAUCCACUCCCCUAUUUACUUAUUCUUCUCAGCUCAGCUCGUCCACGUAACAGUAACCCCGCCCCACGUGCCGGCACAGAUUUUCUCAUUUUGCCGAUUUAUUCUGCUUCUGCUGAAUCACUCUUGCUUGAAUCACUCUUGCCAUAGCAAGAUGUGAUUUUCCAAAUUGAAGGAACCCAAAGAUGUUACAUGUCAGCUGCAUAUUUCUUGCACUAAUGCAGCACUGGCUUAUUGUUGCCAGUCAAGCUCAAGCUGCUCUAAGUCCUCCGGAUCACUCUCAUCCUCACCCCCGGCACUCGCUGCUGGGAGACAGGGCCGCUCUUCUGGAAUUCAAGAAGGCAAUCAUAUCCCCGAAUUCCGCGCUUAGUAACUGGAACGAAACAGUUGAUGUCUGCAGCUUCACUGGAGUCACCUGCAGUCCACAGCAUCACCGGGUGGCUAAUCUCUCCUUAGAAGGCCAAGGCCUAGUGGGGCGGCUCUCGCCUUUUCUAUCGAAUCUUACAGGUCUUCGGAACUUGAGCCUUGCAAACAAUUACUUUUUCGGAAGGAUUCCUCCUGAGCUUUCGUCCCUUCGACGCCUUUGCAUUCUCCGGCUCGAUGGAAACAAUCUAGAGGGUCAAAUACCGCAUUCAUUUUCUCUUUUAACCAAUCUUCUUGUGCUUCUUCUAUUAAGUAACAAGUUAACAGGUACAAUUCCAGACUCUCUCUUUGCAAACUGCACCCAACUGGCAGUUUUAGACCUCUCGAUGAACUCCCUUGGAGGAGAGAUCCCACCAGAGAUCGGAAAUUGUCGUAAUUUCCAUAGCCUUGGUCUGUACAACAAUGAAUUCACGGGCCGUUUACCCAUCUCUCUAAGAAAUGCUUCGCAAAUGUACAAUAUCGAUGUAGAAAAUAACAAUCUUGAAGGCCUGCUCCCUUCAGAUAUUGUGGAGAGGCUUCCUUUGCUUAAGUAUCUUCAUCUUUCAUACAACAAAAUGCAAAGUCACGAAGGCAACACUAAUCUUGACGUUUUCUUCACAUCCUUAGCAAACUGCACUGUUCUGCUCGAGCUUGAACUGGAAGGCAUGGACCUAGGAGGGAGCUUGCCAGAUUCCAUCGGCCAACUUAGUGUCCACUUAGAAACCUUGUUACUUGAAAAGAAUCGAAUUUUUGGAUCCAUUCCCCCGGCCCUGGGCAGAUUUUCCAAUCUUUCUUUGUUGAACCUGUCAUUGAAUCUCCUCAAUGGAUCGAUCCCGGACGAGAUCAGGGGGUUGUUGAGUCUAGAACGGCUCUACUUAUCUCACAACUUGUUCAGAGGCAAAAUUCCAAUCGUAUUGAGCCAGCUUCCGCAUUUGGGUCUUCUUGAUCUGUCACACAACGAGUUCUCUGGGGAAAUCCCUGCAGGUCUCGGCAACAUGAUUGAAAUGAGGUCACUUUUUCUUAACAACAAUUUCCUCUCAGGAAAUAUACCUGCAUCACUGGGAAGAUUGUCCCAAGUGUACCAGCUAGAUUUGUCGCAUAAUCAGCUAUCGGGAAGAAUUCCGCCGGAGCUAUUACUGGGCAUCAGUGAGAUCAGAUUGUAUUUAGGUCUGUCUCACAAUAAUCUUGAAGGCCCUCUACCAAUUGAGCUCAGCAAGCUGGAAAAGUUACAAGCCAUGGACCUCUCCUCGAACAACCUCAGCGGAAGUAUCUUCUUUCAGAUAUCGAGCUGCAGUGAACUGAAAGCUAUAAAUUUCUCGCGCAACUCGCUCGAAGGGCACCUUCCAGAUUCCUUGGGCGAUCUGAAGAGCCUCGAGUCCUUCGAUGUUUCUUGGAACCAGCUCUCUGGACCCAUCACUGUGAGCCUGAACAAGAUUGAGAGUCUGACAUUUCUGGAUCUCUCGCACAACAACUUCCAAGGCAUGAUCCCAUCAGGAGGCAUUUUCAAAUCUGUCACUUCUUUGUCAUUCGUGGGGAAUAAGAACCUGUGUGGCACGAUUCCAGGCAUACCACCUUGCUCUCGAAAGAAAACUUGGUUCCGGUCACGCACUUUCUUGAUCAUUUUCAUCGUGGUCAUGUUUGCAUCAGCAUGCCUGUUAACUAUAUGCUACGUGAUUGGAUUCUGGCGCUUCAAGAUCAUAACUUCUUCUAGGACUGAACCCAUAAACACACCAAGGCCACCAGAUCCAGUGACCAAUUUUCCAAGAAUGACGUACAAGGAAUUGGCAGAUGCCACUGGUGGAUUUAAUGACCAGAGUCUGGUUGGAUCGGGUAGUUAUGGACAGGUAUACAAGGGAGUUCUCCCGGAUGGAACGGCAAUAGCAGUGAAGGUGUUACAUGUCCAAUCAGGAAAUUCCACCAAGAGUUUUAACAGGGAAUGCCAAGUUCUAAAGAGGAUCCGGCACCGGAACUUGAUAAAGAUAAUAACUGCUUGCAGCCUCCCGGAUUUUAAGGCUAUCGUCCUUCCUUAUAUGGCAAAUGGGAACCUCGAUAGCCAUCUCUAUCUUCAUUCAGGAACAGGCUUGAGCUCGAGAUCUUCUGACUUGACCCUCAUCCAGAGGGUAAAUAUCUGUAGUGACGUGGCUGAAGGAAUGGCUUAUUUGCAUCACCAUUCUCCAGUUCGAGUCGUGCACUGUGACCUGAAACCAAGCAAUAUUCUUCUCAACGAUGACAUGACCGCAUUGGUUUCUGAUUUUGGAAUAGCGAGGCUGAUUAUGUCAAACGGAGGUGGGAAUGCAGGGCUUGUCGAGAACAUGGGAAAUUCCACAGCAAAUAUGCUAUGCGGAUCUAUAGGAUACAUUGCCCCAGAGUACGGAUAUGGGUUGAACACAUCGACGAAGGGUGAUGUUUACAGUUUCGGCGUCCUGGUCCUCGAGAUGGUGACUAGAAGGAGACCGACCGAUGACACGUUUGUCGGGGGACUGAACUUGCACAAAUGGGUCAAGGUCCAUUACCAUGGGCGGGCGGAAAUGGUUAUAGACUCCUCGUUGUUAAGAGCUUCAAGAGACCAAUCUCCCGAAGUGCAGAAGAUGUGGGAGGUCGCCAUUGCAGAGCUCAUCGAGUUGGGUAUCCUUUGCACGCAGGAAUCACCUUCCAUGAGGCCUACAAUGCUCGAUGCUGCUGAUGACUUGGAUCGACUCAAGAGAUACCUUAAUGGAGACGCUACUGCAACUUUCGCAUCUUCGCUCGGAAUUUCUUCAUCCACUUUUGGGACUGAUGAUUAGAUCUCAUAUCCAACUGUACAGUUAAAUUGUAAUUAUAUCUACCUUAUUCCUAAGUAAACACAUCAGUGAUUUUUUCUUUUUUGGCAAAAACUAGAUGACAAGUUUGAAGUUUCAAUCCCAUGCGGCAAACAUCGUCGCAUUUCUCACAAAAGAUGUCAAUGGCAUUACCAGUACAUAAGAAAGUACACCCAUUCAUUCUCAAGGUAAG